CCGACCUUCAAAAAAAGACGCUUAAACGCACGGCAAGUCACAGAUUCUCUCACAGGCCAUCACGCCUAAACUUGCUCGACCUUUAUUUACUGCCGCUGGCCAAUCCAAUCCACGAGGAAACCUACGAUCUUUAAAUUCUCCACAUCUCUCUCUCUCUCUCUCUCUCUCUAUACAUAUAUAUAGAAUCAUCUUUUUCUCUGUCCCGCUCUCUGAAGAUUCCUUGUUUGGUUUUCAAUUCGUGCAAGGAGGGUGUAGUUGGAAUAGUAUGAACUUGGACUAAUGAUUGUGGGUGCUGCAAGACCUUUGUUGGAAAUGAUUAACUACGAGCUAGACCCUGAUAUAGUUCGGUGGGGUCUCCAUCUUCUAGACGUUUGCUCUCUUUCUCAUAACGGUUCUUGUAGUGGAAUUACUCAAUAUGCUGCAGAUCCUUGUCCAGUUGAGUAUAUUAGAGAAGGUUAUUGCAGAGAUUGCGAAGCAGAGAAUAUAAAUGUGGAGAAUGAUGAGGUUAUUGCACAUGCACUUCAAGAAGAAUUUUCACACCUUGCAUCUGUAGAAGCAUCAGGAUCUUCGCAUGUGGAGAAUGAGCAAAUGCAAGCAUCUGUUCUUGCACAGGAUUGGAUUUCUCCCUCUAGAAGACACAGUAGCACUGUGGCAGGGCCUCAAAAUGGUGAGGAAGAGGUAGAUGGAAUGGGAAUUUCGUGCUCAUGUUCUGGCCUGGGAGAAAAAUUAGUCAACAAUGAUGACUGUACAUGUUGUCUAGAGAUAGAGGAUGAGUCUACUCUUGAUGGUGAAGUAGGCAAGAGGUUGAACCAGAUGAAUCCUGUUCCUCAUGUUCCCAAAAUCAAUGGAGAGAUUCCAUCAGUUGAUGAAGAAACAUCGGAUCACCAAAGGCUGCUGGACAGAUUGAAGCUGUAUGAUCUGGUUGAGUUUAAGGUUCAAGGAGAUGGGAACUGUCAGUUUCGUGCUUUAUCAGAUCAAAUAUACCGUACACCUGAGCACCACAAAUUUGUCAGACAAGAAGUUUUUAGUCAGCUAAAGGCUCACCGAGAAAUGUACGAGGGUUAUGUUCCUAUGGCUUAUGGUGACUAUUUGAACAAAAUCAGCAAGAAUGGUGAAUGGGGUGAUCAUGUCACAUUGCAGGCUGCUGCUGAUUCGUAUGGUUUCAAGAUUUUUGUCAUAACGUCGUUUAAGGAUACCUGCUACAUUGAGAUUCUUCCACAAAUUCAGAAGUCAAAUAGAGUUAUUUCCCUGAGCUUUUGGGCGGAGGUGCAUUAUAACUCAAUCUAUCCAGCAGGAGGUAAGCAUUUGUAUGAUGAUGCUUCAAAACUUAGUUGGCAUAUUACAAGGGUAAAAUUAGGCACAUUUAGAGGUGUAAAAUUAGGCAGAAGGGAAAAAUGAGAGUGACAUGAAAUAGGAGUAUAAUCAGUUUGGGAAUCGGACUGAUCCCUAUAUUUUCUGGAGUUGGUUGGACCGUUUUAGAUAAUGUUUCCUUGUCUUUCGUCAGUGGCCUCUUCAAAUGAAUACUUGUUACUUCUUAUAUUGUGAUGCAUUGGUCCUGAUUCCAUCAAAUAUUGCCUAGGAUUUUGAAGUUGUCAUUAAACACAGUUGAAUUAAUUUUCCUAGUACUCUACAAUUACAUUGCGUUCUAAAAGCAGUUCUAUGCAUCAUCCAUCUCAUUAUUUUCGAGGCCCAUUUUGAUUCCCACUUAUGGGGCACUUGAAAGUGGAAAAAAUGCAUCAAAAUAUUUUGUUUCUAUUUUUUUUUCUUCUAGUAAUAUUUUAUGUGUUUGAUUUUCAUGUAUCUAUGAUUCUAUAUUUCCUGUUUGUGAGGGCGGGCCUUGGAUCAACAGUAAGGCUGCUCUUUUGUGACUGGUUUGGUCACAGGUUUUGAGUCCUAGCAAACACCUCUAUGCAUAAAAGCAGGGUAAGGCUGCGUAUACUUUGACGACCCUACCCCUAUCCUCGCACAGUGGGGAGUCCUGUGAGAUCUCUUUCUACUGUGAAUUCCAAGUCUUUUUUAAUAGAGAAAUAAGAAAUCAAAACUUUGAACUGAAAUUUGAUAUGGGGGCAUUUUCAUGUUUUGGUUUUUCAAAUUUUGGACAUAGAUGUGUGUAUUUUUGGGCUCAUGAUCAUUCUAUUUUAAGAAAUGUUUGUCACAUCUGUGUGUUUUGUUGAAUCUAAAAGUGGUAAAUUUUUGUUUGAAAAAGAGUACACACAGAUGAAAGGUUAUCUUUAGUGUGUUCUUUAUCUAUUUAUUUAUUUUUUUACCAUUUAGUUGGACAUUAUGUAUGAAGAAUGUGUCAUCAUGUAAUAAACCAAUAUAAAUCCUACACUUAGUCUGUAGUAUUGAUAAAAAUAUAAAUUUUCUCAUUUGGAGUUCGAACCUUUUUUAAAUAGAUUGUCUGUACCUUAGAAAUCCUAAUGAUUAAUAUAAAUGUGUCUGUAAACAAAAUGAAUAUUUAUGUUGCAGAAAGUCCUCGAAUGUUGAACUGAGAUUGUGGUCCAUAAGUACUAUAUGAUAUUUAUUGAUAAAUAGUAAAAUGAAUUUUUAGUUCAUAUUCAUGAAAUCAUAUAAUGAAAAAUCAUUUGUAAAUGAAAAAUGUAAAAGCAUUGUUUAAAUUCUGCCCCUGAAUUAUUCCAUUCCAUUACACUUGGGGAUUACUGAAUGGUUAAAUCCCUAUUUAAAGAGAUUUAUAUUCAUCAUUUAUUGUUUCAAAAAAAUAUUGCAUCGAAGAACUCUUCAAAUAUAAAACGAAAACGAUAUGGUUUAAUGUGUAGAACAUCAUUUGGGGUGCAAGUAGGAUCCUUACCAAGUAACUUUGUAAAAUUUCAAAGGCUGGUAUAGUUACACAACCUGGAGUGUUUGCACAUUGAUUCCUGUUGAUGGGAACCCUCUCUAUCUCUCUCUCUCUCUCUCUCUCUCUCUCACACACACACACACACACACACAUACAGGGCGUGCGCACCAACCCACCUGCACUUACACAUAAUUCAAACAGAUUGAGGGGUUAAUUUUGAAAAUGAGGAUAAAAAUGUUCCAUGUCUACAUCAAGAGAGAUUGCAGUGGUAGCUUUUUUUUUCCCUUCUCCCUUUUUGGUUACUUGUAAGGUUGUAAUGAUUUUCUUUGUUGUGUUCUUUUGUUGUGCCAUUUUAUGUCAGACCUGCCUUCAUUAGAAAAUAAGAAAAAGAAGAAGUGGUGGAAAUUUUGACGGGAGCAGCAGAUGGAUCUCUCCCAUCUUCUUGUGCUAGCUUCUCUCAACAUUAAUUUGUCUUUUUAUUGUUAAAAAGACUUCAGCUCUUUGUUGGCAUUGUACAGCUUUCGGGUCCUUUGGAGAUGGAUUUUCUGGCGGAUAUCACCAUUCUUUCCCAAUGUGAUGGGCUCUGCUAUUGUAUUUCCGCUCCUGCUCCAGUGUUUCGUCAAUUUGAGACGCCUCUGCCGGCUUCUUUAUGUACAUAUUCACACCAUUUCUCUUUUAAUGACCACUACUUUUCAAUGAUUCGUCUCUUUAGUAGCUGUUUCUAAGUAUUAUUCUGUCGCCUUUGGAGCAUGCCUGUUUUGUGGCAGACUCAGACAUUUGCUUUGUAGUGUCAUUGUUUUGACUAAUUCGAUUGAUGUAAUAAUUCUAGGUCUUAUGUUUUCUCAUUGUUGGCUUGGCUCAAGGAAAAUAUUUUCUCA